AUGCACGUCAUGCGCUCGAGUGUCGCCGCCGCCGUCAUGGCUGGCUCCGUCAACGCUGCCGCCAUCCAGGACGCUGCGGCCGCAGUCGGUAAGUCGAGUACAGCCUCUAUCAUACCUUGCACAGCGACUGAUCCUCUUCUGACAUUGCAGACGCCACCAAUGCCGUCGUGUACGAGCACUACAUCCCCGCCAAGUACAUCUCCACCGUCUUCGAGACGAGUCUGGUGUCGGUGAUGAGCUGCCCACCAAACGAGACCGCCUGCCCUCUGACCACCGGCGUCCUCACCUCCAUCAUCCCCGUCUCCACCACUGUCUGCCCUGCUACUAUCACCUCAGUGGUCACCAGCGGCAACCCGACCGGCUCUGCUCCUCUCCAGACCGUUACCGUCACGGGCACCGAGACUAUCACCGUCAACCCAAGCACGGCCGUCCCGACCACUGCUCCUGGUCUACCUACUACCGCAGUUCCAGCUAGCAUGGCCGGCCCAUCGUCCAUCGUCUCCGCUCCAAGCUCGGCGAUCACCAGCUUUCCCGUCCCACCAGCGGGUCCUGCUCCAAGCGCCCCAUCUGCUCCAGCGUCUCCGGACAGCGCCUCCACUCCAACUGGAGUGACUGCUGGUGGUGUCACUGGCUCUGAGGGCGCCGCUACUUCGACUGUCCAGACCACGAGCACUAAGCGCGUCACGAGCACCGAGUUCGUCACCGUUCCCGCUCCCACCACAGCCGCGAUCUCGAGCGUUCUCAGCUUCGUCCCCACUACCCUCACCACUCCAACGACCUCUUCAUCCACCAACGUCGUUGGUCCAAUGAGUACUGGCACCGGUGCAAUUGGUGGCAUGACGCCAAGCAGCAACGGCACCUUCUCGACGGCGGCCCCAUCUCCAUCGGCCGAGCCGUUCUUGGGUAUCGCAUCUCAACAGGUGACUUACUCUCUAAACCAAUGGGUAGCCUCCCGUACUAACUUUUCUGCAGGUUCCUGCUGGGAUCGCUGCCGCCCUCGUCUUCGGCGCCGCCCUCUUCUUCGUCUAA